GUGUCAUUUUCCUGUAUAAAACUCCAACAAUAAUAGUGGAUACGGGUCGGGUACGCAAUUGGAUCCGGCUCCUGAUUCUAACAAUCUCACCCAUUCUAUCUCAGCUGUGUUUUCUGACUUGGGUAAAUGCAAAUGGCGCUCUCUCUCCAAACAUCAAGCACUUCUUCAUGUCUCUACUCUCGCUCUACAGUUUCUCACUCCUCUUUAAGCUGUGCAACCAAAGUUUUUGUGGGUCUGAGGCUACAAUCUCCAACUUCUUAUGGAAUAUCAAGACCUAAUUUGAAUGUUGAAUUUCAUAACAAGGUGCAUAAGAGUAUUGAAUCAAGGACUUGUAAUGGUAAAGCAAAUCGAUCACGUGCUAGAAUGAUGCCCAUAGGAACACCAAGAGUGCCCUACAGAACACCUGGUGAGGGAAGUUGGCAGUGGGUUGAUCUAUGGAAUGCCCUGUACCGGGAACGAGUUAUAUUUAUCGGGCAAAAUAUAGACGAAGAAUUUAGCAACCAAAUACUGGCAACCAUGUUAUAUCUCGAUAGUAUCGAAUCUUCCAAGAUGAUGUAUAUGUACAUCAAUGGUCCUGGUGGAGAUCUCACGCCAAGUAUGGCUAUAUAUGACACAAUGCAAAGCUUGAAAAGUCCUGUUGGUACCCACUGUGUGGGCUACGCGUACAAUCUGGCUGGUUUUCUUCUUGCUGCUGGAGAAAAGGGCAAUCGCAAUGCAAUGCCUCUUUCAAGAGUUGCGUUACAAUCCCCUGCAGGGGCAGCUCGUGGUCAGGCUGAUGACAUCCGCAAUGAAGCAAAUGAGCUUCUCAGGAUUAGAAAUUAUCUUUUCAAAGAGCUGUCUCAGAAGACUGGCCAGCCUGAAGAGAAGAUCUAUAACGACUUAAGCCGGAUGAAACGGUUUAAUGCUCAAGAAGCUUUGGAAUAUGGGCUGAUUGAUCGCAUAGUCAGGCCUCCCAGAAUCAAGGCAGAUGCUGUAUCUAGAAAUGCUGGAACUGGUCUCGGUUAGUGUACUUGUUGUUUUUUUGUGUAUACCAUAUUGGCUGGUAUCUUCUAUGUAGUUCAAAUUGUUUCCUUGAAGAAACUGUAUAACUUUGAUGAUAUUCAAAAUUUAAAGAAGAUUGCAUAUAAGUGUUUAUGUUUCAAAA